AUGGUCUCAACUCGCAACCAACGCAAAGCUUCUGGAGAAGAACUUUUAGGUCCUUUGCUCGUACACCGAAAGCCAAGGUCCAAGAGAGACAAUAUGACUGGAGAAAACAAACAGGAUACAUCUAGUGAUGGCGAUCGCAUCACUAAACUUGAGCAACAAGUUGAAAACUUGUCUGCAUCAAUCCUUAAACUCGUGGAGAGUUUGAAGACUGGAAAAUCUUCACGUCCAUCAACUUCAUCUGAGCCUGAUCAAAAGCUCAAGAAAAAGGUUGUUGAGGAUAGCGAAGAUGAAGACGACAUACAAGCUGAUCCAACGAAAAAGGAAGCUGAAUCAGGUGACAAUAAAAAUUCUAUUGAUACCUUAAAGAUUGAUUUUAAGGUUGACAUCCCUAUUUAUAAAGGAGAUAUUGAUCCUGAAAAGCUAGAUAACUGGAUAGACACAUUAGAAACUUAUUUCACAGUUUAUAAGUAUUCUAAUGUGCAAAAAAUAAAAUAUGCGAGUUUGAAACUUUCAAGCCAUGCCCUUAUGUGGUGGAAGUCCUAUCAGAGACGGUAUGAUGUCUCAGAAUUGACUUGGAAGAACUUCAAGAAGCUUUUGAGAAAACAAUUUUAUCCAGUUGGCUAUGAAGAUGAAAGAUGGUAUAAGUGGCAACACUUCAGACAAAGAUUUGGGCAGCCUGUACAAGAGUAUACAACAGAGUUCCACAACAAAGCUAUGGUUCUGGACAUUGACGUUGACGACUACGACGUUUUCAUGAAGUAUACCAGAGGUCUUGCCGACUACAUACGGAAAGAACUAAAAUUGUUCACCGUAGAUACUAUUGAAGAUGCUACUGUGAAGGCCAUAGCCAUUGAGGCAAAAAAAUAA